UCGUGCUGUAUAAAGUAGCGCGCACGCGAAGUGACCACGAUUCGUGGUUGGGCUCCUAAGUGAAUCGGUUUAGAGUGUGAAUAUAUACGUCGAAUAAAAUCGUGUAUUAUUUAUACCAAGUUAAAGUCUGUUUGAUUGGAUGGUUUCUUUUAUUAAUAUAAUUAACUCUAAUUGGAGUCCGGACUAUGAGGAUUCGGACAAUAGAUUGAUUCUACUUGCCGCUUCAUGUAUACGUCGGACAUGAAAAAUCUUGCUUCGCGUUGGACGGGCCCCUACACACCUCGCACUGCCGCCCUGACCGCCGCUGCAUCAGCAAAGAAGAACCUCGGGUGCAGUAGCAUCGUCGUCACAGAAAGCCGGAGCCCGAGGAGUCCGGUAGCGUUGCAACCUCCGCCCCCAUCCGUCCGUUCCUACGAAAGCAGCACGUUUACCUUCGCGUCUAGAAGGAGCAGCUCCAUCCCCAGGAGGCAGCUGAGUAUCGGCUACCCCCGACCUCAUCCUCGACUACAGCACCGCGGUUCGCUCGUCUCUGUCAAACGUCGCGUCAGCCUGGAGAACUGUUAGCACCAAUCGUCAGAACGGUGGCUCAAUCGGGUGCAGCUUAGACAAUGUCCGAAGACUCUGACUCCAUAUCAGAGGAAGAACGCAGCUUGUUCCGUCCGUUUACGCGGGAAUCCCUGGCAGCAAUCGAGGCUCGUAUCGCUGAAGAAUAUGCCAAGCAGAAAGAACUUGAGAAGAAGCGCGCCGAAGGCGAGGGAGGUUUUGGCCGGAAGAAAAAGAAAAAAGAAGUACGAUACGACGACGAAGACGAAGAUGAGGGACCUCAGCCGGAUCCGAUGUUCGAGCAAGGUGCGCCCAUACCGGUCCGACUACACAACGACUUUCCCCCAGAACUAUCCUCUACUCCUCUCGAAGAUAUUGAUAGCUUCUACCAUAAUCAGAGGACAUUCGUGGUCGUCAGCAAGGGCAAGGACAUAUUCAGGUUCUCGGCGACAGAUGCGCUCUGGAUUUUGGAUCCGUUCAACCCAAUCAGACGGGUGGCCAUUUACAUUUUGGUCCACCCGUUGUUCUCCCUUUUCAUCAUCACCACAAUUUUGGUUAACUGCAUACUCAUGAUCAUGCCGACAACGCCCACCAUCGAGUCAACCGAAGUGAUAUUUACGGGCAUCUACACAUUUGAGUCCGCCGUUAAGGUGAUGGCGAGGGGUUUCAUUCUGCAGCCUUUUACCUAUCUUAGAGAUGCAUGGAAUUGGCUCGACUUCGUAGUAAUAGCUUUAGCUUAUGUGACCAUGGGCAUAGAUCUAGGAAACCUUGCUGCUCUGAGGACAUUUCGAGUCCUUCGAGCCUUGAAGACUGUCGCUAUUGUACCAGGUCUGAAAACCAUCGUCGGUGCCGUAAUAGAGUCCGUUAAAAAUCUGAGGGACGUAAUAAUCCUCACCAUGUUCUCCUUAUCUGUAUUUGCGCUAAUGGGUCUUCAGAUAUACAUGGGCGUGUUAACGCAAAAGUGUAUAAAAAAUUUCCCAGAGGAUGGCUCAUGGGGUAACCUUACUGCCGAAAAUUGGGAACGAUUCGUCAGCAACGAUACAAAUUGGUACGUGGAUGAGGGUGGAAACAUGCCUUUGUGUGGCAAUUCAUCUGGAGCUGGGAUGUGCGAUGCUGGUUACACGUGUUUGCAAGGGUAUGGUUCGAAUCCAAACUACGGGUAUACGAGUUUCGACACCUUCGGUUGGGCGUUGUUAUCUGCGUUUCGUUUGAUGACUCAAGAUUACUGGGAAAAUCUUUACCAGUUGGUUUUGAGGUCAGCGGGACCCUGGCACAUGCUUUUCUUCAUCGUCAUCAUUUUCCUCGGUUCGUUUUAUCUGGUCAACUUGAUCCUCGCUAUUGUCGCCAUGUCUUACGACGAGUUGCAGAAGAAGGCGGAAGAGGAAGAGGCUGCGGAAGAAGAAGCAAUAAGGGAAGCUGAGGAAGCGGCACUGGCGAAAGAGAACAAACUUGCUGCUCAGGCUGCAGCGAGAGAGGCGGCAGCGGCUGCUGCAGCUGCUGAUCAAAUUGUCAAGUCGCCAUCGAACUUCUCUUGUCACAGUUACGAGCUUUUUGUUGGUCAGGAGAAGGGCAACGACGACAACAACAAGGAGAGAAUGAGCAUACGUUCCGUUGAGUCGGUGAGCGAACACAGAGUGAAGCCACCAAACAACAAUCACAGCAGUGCCUCGAACAAAGUCCGAAAAGUCAGUGCCGUCUCUCGCGCUAAUGGCCAGUUUACUUAUGCCUACCAGGAUAACCUGCGGAAGGCUAGCCUUAGCCUGCCAGGGUCUCCUUUCAAUCUUCGAAGGGGUAGUCGGGGAAGUCAUCAGUUUACGAUACGGAAUGGCCGAGGUCGUUUCGUUGGGCCCCCAGGCGGGGACCGGAAACCCCUCGUUCUUUCGACGUACCUCGACGCCCAAGAACAUUUACCAUACGCCGAUGAUUCGAACGCCGUUACACCGAUGUCCGAAGAGAAUGGCACCAUCGUUGUUCCCGUUUACUACGCGAGCCUGGGAUCCAGGCAUUCCUCCUACACCUCGCACGCCUCCAGAUUAUCCUACACGUCCCACGGGGAUCUUCUUGGGGGUAUCGCCGGUGCUGGGAAACCAAUGACCAAGGAAAGCCGACUGAGGAGUAGGUCGGCGAGACCACCAUCCGGAAAUGGACACGUGACCGAUCAGAACCACAAACACCUUUACGACGGAGACAUGGAAGAUCCGAUGGGCAAAGUAAAGCAGCAGGACAAUCCGUUCAUCGAACCUUCCCAGCAGCACGCUGUUGUCGACAUGAAAGAUGUAAUGGUCCUGAACGAUAUCAUAGAACAGGCUGCGGGAAGGCAGAGCAAAGCUUCGGAUCAUGGAGUUUCGAUCUAUUACUUUCCGACAGACGACGACGAAGAAGGUCCAGCGCUCAAAGAAAAAUUAGUGGCCUUAUGCAUCCAAGGUAUAAACAUAUUUUGUGUCUGGGAUUGCUGUUGGGCUUGGCUUAAAUUUCAAGAGAUCGUGGCACUUGUGGUUUUCGAUCCUUUCGUGGAGCUCUUCAUCACCCUUUGUAUCGUAGUCAACACCCUCUUCAUGGCGCUGGAUCAUCACGACAUGGACAGGGAUAUGGAAAAAGUACUCAAGACCGGAAACUACUUUUUUACAACCACCUUCGGCAUCGAAGCAACGGCGAAGCUAAUCGCGAUGAGCCCCAAGUAUUACUUCCAGGAAGGGUGGAAUAUUUUCGACUUUAUCAUCGUAGCUUUGUCCUUGUUGGAGUUGGGUCUCGAGGGAGUUCAAGGACUGUCGGUGUUACGUUCCUUCCGAUUGUUGAGAGUCUUCAAGCUUGCGAAAUCUUGGCCUACCUUGAAUCUGCUGAUCUCAAUCAUGGGCCGAACGGUGGGCGCUCUCGGUAACUUGACGUUUGUCUUGUGUAUCAUCAUCUUCAUCUUUGCCGUUAUGGGAAUGCAAUUGUUUGGAAAAAAUUACACCGACAACGUCGAUCGAUUUCCGGACGGGGAUCUUCCUCGAUGGAAUUUCACCGACUUCAUGCACUCCUUUAUGAUCGUUUUUCGUGUACUGUGCGGCGAAUGGAUAGAAUCGAUGUGGGACUGUAUGCUGGUAGGAGACGUAUCCUGUAUACCCUUUUUCCUCGCAACGGUUGUCAUUGGUAACUUAGUCGUUCUAAAUCUCUUCUUGGCCUUGCUUUUGAGCAACUUCGGUUCCUCGAAUCUCUCCGCACCAACGGCAGACAACGACACGAACAAAAUUGCCGAAGCUAUCGACCGGAUAGCUCGAUUCAUACAGUGGGUGAAGCGAAAUCUCUUUAACCUGUUUAAAAUGAUGCGAGCAAAGUUCACCAACCAGAUAUCCGAUCAGGCGCCAGGUGAGGGACCGUCCAACAGUUGGAAAGAAGAUGGAAUCGAUCGCGAUGGAGAUUUAGAUCUAGCAGAUGGUGAGCUAGAUGGCUACAGAGAUAAGAAAAAUGCAAAAGAUCUAAACAAUCAACUAGAAGUGGCCAUUGGCGAUGGAAUGGAAUUCACCAUCCAUGGAGAUCUGAAAAACAAACUCAAGAAGGGAAAGUUGUGCAUGAAUAAUACCAAGGCAAUCGGUAAUUCCAUAAAUCAUCACGACAACAGAAUGGAACACGAGUACAUGAAUCACCACGAAGAGGAUACGAUAAGUCACAAAUCAUACGGAAGUCAUAAGAAUCGUCCGUUCAAGGACGAGAGUCACAAAGGAAGCGUAGAUUCGUUGGAUGGAGAAGAGAAAAAAGAUGCCAGCAAGGAAGACCUUGAUCAAGAAGGUUCGUUAUUAGAUCUGGAGGAAGAAGGCGAAGAGGGUGAAGAGGAGCUGAACGGAGAGCUCAUCAUCCAGACGGACGAGGAACUCAUUGAAGCGGAUUAUCCGGCCGAUUGUUGUCCGGAUAACUGUUACAAGAAAUUCCCAUUUUUGGCCGGUGAUGACGACGCUCCUUUCUGGCAAGGCUGGGCGAAUUUGAGGCUCAAAACUUUCCAAUUGAUCGAGAACAAGUACUUCGAGACCGCCGUAAUCACGAUGAUCUUGCUCAGUAGUCUAGCGCUGGCAUUGGAGGACGUCCACCUUUCAUCGAGGCCGAUCCUUCAGGACAUUUUGUACUAUAUGGACCGCAUAUUCACCGUAAUAUUCUUCCUUGAGAUGUUGAUCAAAUGGCUUGCUCUGGGAUUCAAAAAGUAUUUCACAAACGCCUGGUGCUGGCUCGAUUUCAUCAUCGUCAUGGUCUCCCUCAUUAACUUCGUAGCGUCGCUCUGUGGCGCAGGGGGAAUUCAAGCCUUCAAAACAAUGCGGACCCUAAGAGCCCUAAGACCGCUCAGGGCGAUGUCUAGAAUGCAGGGGAUGCGGGUGGUCGUAAACGCUUUGGUACAAGCCAUCCCGUCUAUCUUCAACGUGUUGCUGGUGUGCCUGAUAUUCUGGUUGAUUUUCGCCAUCAUGGGUGUUCAGUUAUUCGCUGGAAAAUACUUCAAGUGCGUCGACGCGAACAAAACGACGUUGAGCCACGAAAUAAUACCGGACAGAAAUGCCUGUAUAGCCGAGAAUUACACAUGGGAAAAUUCUCCGAUGAACUUCGACCAUGUCGGGAAAGCGUACCUGUGCCUAUUUCAGGUGGCGACUUUCAAGGGAUGGAUUCAAAUAAUGAACGACGCCAUUGAUUCGAGAGAUGUAAACAAACAGCCCAUUCGCGAGACAAACAUCUACAUGUAUCUCUACUUCGUAUUUUUCAUUAUAUUCGGGUCAUUUUUCACUCUGAAUUUGUUCAUCGGAGUUAUCAUCGACAACUUCAACGAGCAGAAAAAGAAGGCUGGAGGAUCGUUGGAAAUGUUUAUGACGGAGGAUCAGAAGAAGUACUAUAACGCCAUGAAAAAAAUGGGAAGCAAAAAACCGCUGAAGGCCAUUCCACGGCCUAGGUGGAGACCACAAGCGAUAGUGUUUGAAAUAGUGACGGACAAGAAGUUUGACAUGAUAAUCAUGUUGUUCAUCGGACUUAACAUGUUAACAAUGACGCUGGAUCAUUACCAGCAAAGUAAAACAUUCAGUGACGUGCUGGACUACCUGAACAUGAUAUUCAUAGUGAUAUUCACGAGCGAGUGUCUGAUGAAGAUAUUCGCCCUACGUUACCACUAUUUCAAGGAGCCAUGGAACCUGUUUGAUUUUGUUGUCGUUAUAUUAUCAAUAUUAGGUCUGGUACUCAGCGAUAUUAUCGAGAAGUAUUUCGUCUCGCCAACGUUACUUCGAGUCGUACGAGUGGCCAAGGUUGGUCGAGUACUUCGAUUGGUGAAGGGUGCAAAGGGUAUCAGAACCCUUUUAUUCGCCCUCGCCAUGUCCCUGCCGGCGCUAUUCAACAUCUGCCUACUACUCUUCCUCGUGAUGUUCAUUUUCGCCAUAUUCGGGAUGUCGUUCUUCAUGCACGUCAAGGACAAAAGUGGACUCGACGACGUGUACAAUUUCAAAACGUUCACGCAGUCAAUGAUACUGUUGUUCCAGAUGUCCACCUCGGCCGGUUGGGACGGGGUGCUCGACGGAAUAAUCAACGAGGAGGAUUGCCAGGAGCCAAACAACGAAAUUGGUUAUCCUGGAAACUGCGGUUCUUCGACCAUAGGAAUCGCAUACCUCCUGUCGUACCUCGUUAUAAGUUUUCUGAUUGUAAUAAACAUGUACAUCGCUGUAAUUCUCGAGAAUUACUCGCAGGCAACGGAAGAUGUCCAAGAGGGUCUCACCGACGACGAUUACGACAUGUAUUACGAAAUAUGGCAACAAUUCGAUCCGGAUGGAACACAAUACAUAAGAUACGACCAGCUAUCAGAAUUUCUCGACGUGCUCGAGCCACCGUUGCAAAUACACAAACCAAACAAGUACAAGAUUGUGUCGAUGGAUAUCCCCAUAUGUAAGGGUGACCUUAUGUUUUGCGUGGACAUUCUCGAUGCACUCACCAAAGACUUCUUCGCUAGAAAGGGUAACCCUAUUGAGGAAACGGCGGAGCUGGGCGAGGUGCAAGCAAGACCGGACGAGGCGGGCUACGAGCCCGUCUCUUCGACCUUGUGGCGUCAGCGCGAAGAGUACUGCGCUCGCCUCAUCCAGAACGCCUGGCGAAAGCACAAGAAGCAACGACUCGGUGGCCCGAGUGAGGAGAGCGAUGACCCCGACACCGACCCCCGGGGUCGACAGACUGCUGUUCUUGUCGAGAGCGACGGUUUCGUGACAAAAAACGGUCAUAGGGUCGUCAUCCACAGUCGGUCGCCGAGCGUAACGUCACGCACGGCGGAUGUCUGAUCGCGGCCGCGUCCUCCUCCCAAUUAAAAACCUCACACGCGUUAUAUUUAUACUAUUUAACAGCCUUAUAGUUGUAUAAAAUAAAAAAAGAAAAAAAAAAAAAGUAAUAAAAGUUAUGAUAAAAAGUUAUAAAACAUACAAGCAAACAAAUGAGAAAAAAAAAAAAAAACUUGCGUAAAAUAAAGUAUAAAAAUAUAUAACAAUUAAUAAAUCCUCCAACGAGUUGCCUUUAAUCGUCUGCACGGUCGUGCCGUUCGGAGCCACUAUAUUCAACGCCGUUCUGAAUAGCGAUGGAAGACAUUUUUUUUUUUUUUCCAACAAACGCGUUUCAUCGACGAAUAGUAAAAAUGAUGAACGAAUGAAAAAUACUUGAGUAAAAGAAGAGAAUAUGAGUUUGGGGACGACUCAGCGAGCGGAGAGCAACGAGGGAUCGGCGUGUGGUAGUUCUGGAACAACUUCCGCAUAUCAGCUUCUUCUGCCUUCUUCUUCCCCAAGGACAAAGAAGACGCAGCCCGUAUUCUUCGUUAGUUGUUCGCUCGUCAUGAUCGAUUAUACCGGAAAAUAAGAUCGUGCUGAUUCCUCGAGUGCAGCAGUUACAAAUAAAGGAAAGACAAAACUGACGGUGCGCAAUCCUUUGCAAGACUUCCCCUGAAGGAAUCGGGACCGUUGCAGUUUUGUUUCUUGCUACAGUUGCAGUUGCAGGGGAUGAGAUUCCUCAAAUUUUCAUUAUUCGACGUUAAUUGUUGGUAAAGAAAUGAAAACGACGUGAAGGAUAGGUAUCCACGGAAACAUCAUGGCCUCCUCCCUCCCAUUGCAGACGAAUGAAUAUAUAAAAACCUUCGAUGAAGAGAAGGAAACACAAUAAACCAAAAACGACAUAAAUUAAUGAACGAAUAAAAGUUUCGCAGGUGUAAUUCCCACGGUAUUCCGAAUUACCGUUAAUUCUACCCUCGCAAUCCGUUGGCGAAGUGGGAAAGAAAAUCAAAUACAUAGUGACGAACACAAGCCCUCUACGUGCUAUUACAAUGAGAUGAGAUACAGACAUAAGAAUUGCGAUAGCCCGUGUCGUUGGGAAACUGUCAAAUAAAACGAAUGAUUUCUACGAUAAAAUAUACAUUACAAAACAGCCUAUACACAGCAGCUGCAUUUCGGCUUUUUAUAAUUGCACUAAUUCAAUUCCUCGAAUAAUUCUCUAUAAUUAUAUGCAACGUAUAAUCCGCUCUACCUAUUUUUGCGUGUGUGAGUGGACAGAAGCGUGACGGUGAUAAUAAUGAUAAUAAUAAUUAAGAAGGAUACUUAGCGCAAUUGAAGGACUGCAUUGGUGGCUACGAAUAUCACUAUCAAUAACCAUUACCAUCCGAGUAAUGUUUAAUAUUAUUAAGACCGAAUGAAACUGUUCGUGGACCAGAGCUAUGAGGAUACAGAGAUGCAUGAUAUCAUGGUGAAGAGCUUUUGGGUGACGAAUAUUAAGCAAAACGAAAGGGAGGGGAGCUGUUGUGCGGUUGUACGGUUUGAAGUUGGAACACUUGUAACAAUAAUUGAAAAGUGGGGGCCGAACAAGUGCGGGAUCCGGCGGGAGUGCUAAGGGUAUAAAAAACAGAUCAGUAUAAAUAAAAAAAUGUGAAUAAAUAACAAAACAAUAACGACAUUGUUACCGUUCGCGUAGUGUGGGUGCAAAUUAUCAUAAACGCCCCCACCAUGGGGGGAUGACGUGAGGAUGCCGCAAGCUGAAUAACAAUUUACACGUUUACGAAAAUAAAAAAUAAACGAAUACGAAACACACUAAACACGUGGUAGAUGGCUUCAGAAUAACAAUAUUAUUAAUAAUAAUAAUAAUGAUAACAACAACAAUAAUAAUAAUAAUAAUAAUAAAUGAGUAAAAAAAUACAAUAACGUUACUAAAAAUUAUUAUAAAUAACUAAUAACAAUCGCCUGCAUAUAAAUAAAUUAUAAACAACAAGGGAAAAAACAGAAAAAGAAAAAAAAAUUAUACACAAAUAAAUGCUUGUCUGUUAUAUCAUUGAUGGUUUUCGGUCGGAAGAUCGAAUCAGAUUCGGAAAAUCAGAAACAACGAGAGAGAGACAGAGAGAGAAAGUAGAGAUGGUAUGCAUGUAUAUAUACCAUAAUAUAUGUAUGAUGCGCGUAUAAGUAUAUGUAUAAAAAUGGAGAUUCAAUAAAAAUAUAGAACCGUAAAGAUUCGAGAAAGUUAUAGAAAGAGAAAGAAGGUCGUUCGAAAAAUAUAGCCAAGAGACAUUAUAUAAGAUCUGAUAAGGUGUGAAGGGCACAUACCGUGUAUCGACAAAUCAAUUGGAUUCAUGAAAAAUCUACGGGGACAUUUACUGUGUUAAAAUAAACUUUCAUUAGCCACGUAAAACCUGAAGAAAAAGGAAAACGAAGCAAAAAAAAAAACACCUACUUAUUAAACAAGUAACCGACACAAAUUUUUAAGAGUAUAACUUAACGACUCAUUCAAAAUAAGCAUCAUUUAAACUAAUUAUCUUAUACUACAUUAUAUAUUAUACACACUCCUAACGUAUUUGAAUAAUAUUGUACACAUAAUAACAGUUGUCUCUAUGCGACAGGUUAUAUAAUUAUAUAUAUAACGUUCGUUGCGUGUCAGGUGCGAUGAAUGAAUAAUUAGAAAAGGGAGUAAAGUUGAAGACGACAAAGAAUUUUUUGAAAAAAUCAAUGAAAGGCGAAAGCAAAUUAAUCCCAAUAACCGAAUGAAUUUCAAAACCGUAACACUUUUCCAUAACUAUACAAACACCUGACAAAGACAACAAGAAUAAUAAUUGUAAUAAUAAUAGUAAUAAUGAUACUAAUGAUAUUAAUAAUGAUAACAAUAAUGAUAUUAAUAACAAUAAUAAUAUUAACAAUAAUAAUAAUAAUAACAAUAAUAAUGAAAAUUUGCUAUGAAUUUUUUAACGCUAUUCGCGGCGCACAGAAUCGCAAGUUUGAACUAUUGGUCUUAAUAUCUGCAGUUGUGACGUGAUCAAAAUCUAUUGGCAUAUUAUUACUAUCAUACAUGACUUACACGUACAUAGGAACACAUGGAUCACUUUUUCGAAUUCAUUUCCAUUGUGUUUUCGUUCGGAAAUCGUAGAGCCGCAGAUAAGAGCCUAGGGCCCGUAGUUAGUGUAGCCCUGUUUUCCCGCAGGACCACACUCUUCACGACCGAAGCAUUCGAGCUCGUCAGGACUGCUGCCCUCGCCUACGGUUUAGCAUUCUAACUACCUUAGGAUCAUCAUAUGGCAAGGAAAUAAUUGAAAAGGUUAAUAUAUAUGUUAUUUAGAUGAAAUAAUAUCCAUCAAUCGGCACGUAACGAAACCUCGUUGAAAAAUAAGAAAAAUUACUAAAUUGAAAAACAAAACACGCCAGCAGCCUGCAAUCGGGUGGCUAAUAAUUAGCCCGAACUGAUUAUUUAUCUCAUGUUAAGUAAACCACAAAGAAGAAUAAAAAAAAGUAAAGCUGAAUUUUUUCGAGCUGAAAUAUCAUAUAUUUGGCUGAAUGACGAGGUGAUUGACGCUACGAAUAUAUGACAGGAUACUUAUUUUUCUAAUAUCGCUGAUCGGAAAUCAAGCAGAGGCCAGCAGGUAUAUAUUUGUUCAUAGCCUUGGCACGACUUGGUUGAUGUAAUGAUUAAUGAAAAAUAAAUAAAUGAAUAAAUAAAAUGAAAUGGGUUAGGUAUGAAGAAUGAUGCUAAAAUUAAAUAAUGUAGAAAAUGAAAUGACAACCGAGUAUAUUAUAGAGAAUGAAUAAAUAAAUAAAACAAAAUGUUCAUUAAUUUAAGCUAUAGAAAGCUCAAAAGAGGAGUCAUUGUAAAUUACUCGUACAAAUUACUUACUAUUGGUGUCGAGUCCGCUUGUCAAAGUGUUUUAAAUGAGAGCCCGCAGUGAUUUAUCGAUAACCGCGUACCUAUAACUGCAUUAAAAUACAUUUUCUAUACGUAGAUUCAGGUACUUUCGUCACCUAGCGUCGAUUUCCAUUGAUUCAUUGAACGAUAUUCGUUGAAUAAAUUUUUCUUAUAUAUACAUUUGUCGCAUUAAUUAUUUCUCAAUUGAGAAAUGCAUCUAUGUGCAGUGAUUCCAGUUCGUUUAACUAGCAGUUAGGCGGACACGUUCUCGAUUUCCAUGAAAAAUUAAAAGAAAUAGCAAAAGAACGGCAGAUCGCGAAAUAACUACUUCCGUUAUCUAUAAUCGGAGGAUAUGUGUCGAUAAAUUCCUCUCAUGUGUAACCAAUUAAAAUCAGAAAAAGCGAGAGAAAAUUUGAAAUUUUUGCAUCGGGGAACAUUUUCAAAGGGUUCAUGUGAAUAUAACGAGAUCCGCCUAUCUCCUACGGACGAACUAAAAUUCGCGAGCUGGCUUAACUUCUGGGCAAGUGCUUGUAAAAAUUAAACUAAUCACAUUAGUUUUAAAAUGACUGUAAUUUGUGCAAAUAAUUCGAUAGUCGGCAAGAAUAUAUUGAUAUAAAUGUAUAAAUCGUGCGGUAUGUCCGAUUGCCGUUUGAUCAUAUGAAACGUCACAUUCCAUAUCCACACAAAUAUCGAGCAAUAAAAAUCGUGCUAACACCUUCAAGGAAUAACGCUUAACAUUGUCGAAAUUCGCUAUAAUCUCAGCAAAAGUUUCAGGUAAAGGACGAGAGUCACGCGCAAUACGGUAAAUUAAGGCGUAAAAAAUAAUUAUUAAAAAAUUAAAAAGAACGUAUCAGCGAACAUAUGAUUCAUCUGAACAUCCUUACCGAAGUCUUACGUAUCCAUUCAUAGAUUUCAUCCAAUUCUCGGUCCACCACGCAAGAACAACUCGUAUUAUACCCGUUGAGAUACCGGAAUAACUACCAUUUCUGCCCCUACGAUUCGCACCGUCCCAUUUUCUAAACAAUGCAUCCCCACAUCCGUGCGUGUAUGUACGCCGGGUUAGGUUGAUCGACCUAAUCGGGUUUACAUGUAUUAUAUUGCGGUAAUCAAUUUUUCCAAUCAAAUUUUUCGCGUGUCUUAUAAAAUAAAGAAAUGAACCGCGAUGUGAUGUUUUCAAGGGCUUUAAACGUAAAUGUCAUUAUUGAAAAUUUUUGAGAGUAAUAAAAAGGACGAGUAUUUCAUAUCGACGAAUGAGAUUAUCAGAAAAAAAAAAAAAAAAAAACGGCUGCGUACUUGAGAGAGAGGAUAUUAACAUAAUUAUAGAGCCUUACGUUGGAGUCAAGACUUCCCCCAGUUUUCCAAUGUUUGUGUUCACCAUCCUACCUGGUAUUCAUAUCACAUCUUUCAAUAUUUCCCCUCUUAAAUCGAAGCAAGGACAUUGAAUAAGACAAGUGGUGGUGAAAGCUGAAAAAUCGAGGAUAUGAAUUAAAACAAAAUUAAACUAAACAGUGCGACCUUGAAAUUUCAUCUGUCGCUCCCUUCUCAUUUACAUACCCUGAUGUCCGCUUGUGGUAACAUUGUUCCGGAGGAAGUUGCUUGUAUGAAAAUUUUAUGAAAUUUUUUAACGCAAAGGUGUAAUAUAUAUUAUAAAUGAACAUUACUGUUGUUGUUAUUAUUAUGAUUAUUAUCAAUAUAAUUAGAUAGCGUAAGAUAGAGUUAUCGCAAAAACAUUGUUUCGGAGCAAUUACAAUUAAUUGCACCUUCCCCCGACAAUGUUACUACUCGCGAUCAAUGGUACUAUACAUACGAUCGAUUCUCGUAUAUGCACGAAAAAAAUAAUUGUAAGCCGCAACGCGAACAUAAUACACGGGGAAAAAAAUGAAGAAAAUAUGUUUCUCAUAACGAAUACGAGUAGUGAGAGCUUAGUAGGUGCUCAAUAAAACAAUGAAUAAAAAAAAAUCGAGAAAAAAACCAGAAAAAUUAGUAAAAGUAAAAAAAAAAAACAGAGACGACGAAAAUUAAAAACCGAUCAAAUGAAGAACACUAAAUUAAUAGAACUCGUUUUGACUUGUCUCGCGAGGCAACCGGGAUCACUCAUAAUAUAUCGUACUUAUGUAACUGACCGUUUGUGCGAAAUGCAAAAAUUAAACAGAAUACAAACCGUGAAAGAGAAACAAACGAUCCAUUGAAAUCGGGGUGUAAUAAGCGAGCAACUGCCAUAGCUCAAACCUUCGUAGAGUUCGAGCUAAAUAUCCAUGAUUGAUCCAAGAUUAAUCCGGGAUUAAUCAAAAAUUAAUAAAGCUAGGUAAAAAGAAAUGUUUAGAAAUUCAAUAAAUAAAUAAAAUGAAUAAAUAAAUGAUUAAAUAAAAAGGAUUGUCCAGUACAUAGAGAUAUUCCGUUUAUAUAGAUUUAAUUGUUGCAAAGUGCCGUAAGUAUCUAAAUCUACUAACAAUACAUAAUAAUAAUAUAAUAUAAUAUAUACGGCGAGAAUCAAGGUGUAUGUACGUGCAGCGCGAAUCAACGCAAGAAUUUAGCAAAGCUGAAUAAAAUACCGCAUUGAAUGACAUUCGUUACUCCUAUUAUUAAUGAACAUACAUACCUAUAUGAGUUAUUUGCACAAUAUUAUAAAUAAUUACCAUGUUUGUCGUAAUUAUCAUUAAUCAUAUAUUAUGUAAAUUGUUAUUUUCACUAUUAUUAUCGUCGGAGUAUUGUAUCACCACACUUUUACUACCGAUGUACUUCUACUACGACUAUUAUUAUUAAUAUUCUUAUCAUUAUCAUUGUUAUACUUAUUAUUAUUACAGUUAUUAUUAUUAUUAUUAUUAUUAUUAUUAUUACCGUUAUCAUCGCCAUCGUCAUUACGAUUGUUAUUAUAAUUACCAUUGUUAAUCAUGGUUAUGAUUGAUAUUAUGGCUCCGUAUUAUUUUCAUCGUCAUAAAUCAUUAUGAUUAUUGUAACUAUAUUAAUUAUUAUUAUCAUCCUUGAAUUGAAACAAAUAAUGAAGAAAUAAAAGUGUUGUUGAAUGAUUAUUAUCGAGAGAGUUAUAACAAAAAAUAAAUCGAAAAGAAAAAAAAGAGAAAAAUUAAUGAACAAGAAAACGAGCAAAAAUACAAUAAAUGAUUUAUAGUGAAAGAAAUUGAUAUAUAAUAAUUAUGGAAUAUUAUCAGAUCAAAAUUAAUAAUUUGUUGUUUAUAUUAUUAGUUGGAAAAAUCCUUGAAUUAAUUAUUGUAAUUAUAAAGUAAAGAAAAUAAAAUAAAAUAAAAAGGAAAAAAAAAUGAUUAUCAUGAUAGUUACUUACGAUUGACAAGUUGUUACCGCUUUGUUAUACACAAUAUAAUUAAUAUAUUAAGAUUACGAAGUAAGCGAAUGCAUCAUUGAUUGGUCCUUUACUUAGAGAAUAAUAAUGAUUGUUAGUUCAAUAUAUAUCUCUGCUAUGUUUUUCUAUUUGCUACAAUUUCAUUUGGUUAUGAAAAAUUUUCAUUUGUUGGUCAGGCUGGUCUGACCGACGUACACAUUUUACAAAAAUAUUUUCAAUAAACGAGAAAGCUUAACACUC